AGAGCGACGCGCCGUGUGUUUGCUCGUGCGGGUGGGUCAAAGGAAGAUUCGUUCGUAAGCCUGAAUGCUCCGUCAGGAAGCUCCUCCUUGAAUCGAUCUCCGACCCCGCAAGAUUGGCCCGUGCUUGCUCGCUCCCCCACUAAACAACAGAGCGGUCUGCUGCAGCUCGUCCCUUUACUUAAAGUCUCAAUCACUGCUUCUUCUCUUACACUUUUCUCCUUUUUCUAUCUCACCAGUUCUGCCCUCCCACCCCUCCAAGCAGCUUCAGAUUGUCCUUCUCUACCACCACUUUCCACCAAACAACUCAACAAAAUGGUCAAGGCCGUUGUCGCAGGUGCCUCUGGUGGUAUUGGACAGCCACUGUCCCUCCUCCUCAAGUCAUGCCAGCUCAUUGACGAGCUCGCCCUCUACGAUGUUGUCAACACCCCAGGUGUUGCUGCUGAUUUGUCACACAUCUCGUCGCCAGCUACAGUAACAGGGUACCUGCCCAAGGAGGAUGGUCUGCAGCAGGCCCUCACCGGCGCUGAUAUCGUCGUUAUCCCAGCUGGAAUUCCCCGCAAGCCUGGCAUGACCCGUGACGACCUCUUCAAGAUCAACGCCGGCAUUGUCCAGGGCCUCAUCGAGGGCGUCGCCAAGUACUGCCCCAAGGCCUCCGUCCUCGUUAUCUCGAACCCAGUCAACUCGACGGUCCCCAUCGCUGCCGAGGUGCUCAAGAAGGCCGGUGUCUUCGACCCCAAGAAGCUCUUCGGUGUCACCACGCUCGACGUUGUCCGCGCUGAGACCUUUGUUGCCAGCAUCACAGGCGAGAGCAACCCCUCGAAGCUCAGCAUCCCCGUCAUUGGAGGACACUCUGGCGAGACCAUUGUGCCUCUUUUCAGCCAGGCCAAGCCCAGCGUGGAGAUCCCCGCUGACAAGCUGGAUGCUCUUGUCAACCGAAUUCAAUUCGGUGGUGAUGAGGUUGUCAAGGCCAAGGACGGCGCUGGUUCAGCCACUCUCUCCAUGGCUUACGCAGGUUACCGUUUCGCCGAGAAGGUGAUCAAGGCCUCCAAGGGCGAGAAGGGCAUCGUCGAGCCCAGCUUUGUCUACCUACCCGGUGUCGAGGGCGGUGACGCCAUUGCGAAGGUCACCGGCUCAGACUUUUUCUCAGUGCCCAUCGAGCUUGGCCCCAACGGUGCCGAGAAGGCGAUCGAUGUCGUCAGCAGUGCCAACGACCACGAGAAGAAGCUCCUCCAGGCAUGCUACGACGGCCUCAAGGGCAACAUCUCCAAGGGUAUUGAGUUCGUCAACAACCCUCCUGCCAAAUAGGCUUUAGCGUCUUCGAUGAAUGAUGAGAAAUGAGAAAGACGGAAUGAUAUCUGGGAAUAUGCAUGAUUUGAGC